ACGGAUGUGUGUGUGUGUGAGUGAGAGAGAGAGGGGGUAGAAAAGAGAGAUAGUGUGCGCGCGCCUCUGAGAGGGUGAGAAUAGAAACGUGAUCGAAAAGGUAGGAGAAGUGAAGGAAAUACAAAAGAAGAAAGAGAAAGUCUCCGCCGUCCUGCUCCUCGCUCGGGAAACACACGUUCGAAACAUCUCCGCGCAAAGUUGCUGAGAGUUGCCCUUACCGGCGCGUGGACGGAGCUCGAGGUGGGAAGCGAGAGGGAAAAAAAAACAUUGUGGAUUGUAGACUCCCGCUUCUCUCACUCCCAGCGGCCCGGGAAUCACGCGCUGCUGGCGGGGGGUGCUGGAGUGCAUGCGCUUAGGCUCUGCCGCGUGCACGCUCGGGUCGGUCGAUGCGAGCACACUGGCGUGGCUCUCGGCCUCCAUUUGCCAGUUUGUGUUUAUGUUCGAGGGAUUCGCCGAGGCCCGUUUCGGCCGCGACGACGACGCGCAACAGUUGGAGCUUCGCCGUUAACGUCGUCGCCGAGGCGCUCGCGCGGGCCACGAGGCGUUCGACCGACGGUUGGAGGCAGAGGCGUUAGUGGAACCUGCAACUUUUCCAACUUGAUCAAAUGAAGUGACACAUCAAAAGGCAUUUGUGAUGCCUGCUACUGAUUCUCCGCUCACAGCCAUGAAGGACCACCACCAUGAAGGAGUGGAGGAAGAUGAGAAGGGCCUGUCCAACAUUUCCCCUUCACCUACCGCGUCCCUUUUGUCAAGUCCUCCUUUUCAAACCACUACAGGACCCAAUUGCGCUGGUGAGACGGUCAUCGAAAACAAAGCUGUGUCCAUGGCAAAUGGCGACUGCAGCUCGGCCCUCUCCUCGCCCGCUGAAGCCAGCCCCGCCAAGCCUGCUGCUACACCUACCAAAAUAGAAGGGACUGAUGAAAACAGCUCCUCCACCUCAUGUGUCGCACCUGCACCAGACUUCUUAACACGCGAAGGAACAAGCCAUGUAAACGUAUCGGAACCAGACUCGCCGCUAUCGUGUGUGUUGCCAUCUAAAACGUUUGGCAAACCGGGGAAUGAAUUACCUGCUGUGCUGACCUUCAAAGGUGUCAGUGUCACCCUGGAGAAUAACAGUGUGUGGAAGCAGUUCCACCAGUGUGGGACCGAGAUGAUUCUGACCAAACAGGGGCGCCGCAUGUUCCCGUACUGCCGCUAUCGCCUGGCAGGCCUGGAUCCUGAACAGCUAUACAGCCUGGUUUUGUCCAUUGUACCGUCUGACCAAAAAAGGUACCGUUGGGGUACAUCCAAAUGGGAGGUCACUGGACCAGCGGAGCACCAGGGUGCCCAGGGUGUGAUCCGUGCUUACUCGCACCAUUACUCUCCCUGCAGAGGCGCCGACUGGAUGGGUGGCUUGGUGUCCUUCUACAAACUCAAGCUGACCAACAAUACCCAAGACGUGGAUGGUCAUAUAAUACUACACUCCUUGCACCGUUACAUUCCAAGAUUACAUGUGAUACCUGUGCCAGAUGGGGUUGCCCCCACGUAUGGCCAGCCUGUGGCCAUGGGACCAGAGAGCAUGACCUUUACUUUUCCACAAACUGAAUUUAUGGCUGUAACAACUUAUCAGAACUUCCGGAUCACCCAGCUAAAAAUCAACCACAAUCCGUUUGCAAAGGGGUUCCGAGAGGACUCGAGCAACUCCCGCCUGAACAAGGCAAAUGCAGGGGCUCAGCAGUUGAUAAACAUGGAAGCUCCGCCGUCUGUCAUUAAGUCACCUGAACUCGACGAAAGCAAAGAAUGGGCUAUUGAUCUCAGCAUGAAGAACAACGCAGUCUCUGCUUCUGUCUCACCUGUGCAAGAGACCAGACUGGUCCUGAAGCCUAUAAUGUCUGCCUCUGCCCAUAAUGAUGAACCUUAUGUCCCCUGUUUAAGAGGCAAGCAUUCUCUUGGCGAACUUGUGCUUGUAGAAAAAAGCCCACGCGUGGAACCCAACGAAGAAAAUCCCGCUGUUAGUCCAACCCCUGAAUUGCAGCAAGAUUUUAAAUCCAAAGAAACAUUUAUAUCUCCUACUCGCUCAACGUCUACCCCAAAAUCAUCACUGGGGUACCGUAGGAGAAGGAAGAGAAUCAACAGACGCUGGGGAAAUGCUCAUGGAAGGGAAUGGAAAGCUCCGUCUGCCUCCCCCACCGUACUUCACAGUCCAUCGUUGACUGCUUCUAUGCAGCCAGAGUUGGAUGAUGUAGAAGGCCUGCUGUUUGUGUCAUUCAGCACAAAGGAAGCUUUAGAGGUUCACGUUGGAGAUAAGCCAGUCAAUAGUUUGUCAUCUAUAUCCCCGGUUGCCCAAGCAUCUCCAAUGCCAUUAAAAGAAACAGUGGAAGUGAACCCAGAGACUGAUGAAGAGAAGAUCGCCCGCUUGGAGACUCUCCUGAUACAAGACCUCAAAUCUUUCAAACACAGACAGGUCAUCCACCCUGUUUUACAGGAGGUGGGUUUGAAGCUAAGCUCCCUUGACCCCACCAAGUCAAUAGACCUGCAGUAUCUUGGGGUUCGUUUACCACUACCUCCACCGGACCUGCCAGAAAAGGACACCACAGCGCAGCCUGAUACAGGACUACCCUUUACCUCCAGGACUGGAAAGACAAGUGACAUGACAAAAAUUAAAGGAUGGAGAAACAAGUUUAUAAGAAAAAAAGAUACAUCUUCUAACUGUGAUGGACAGCAAAAGAACCUUUCUGCAUUUUGCAGUAACAGGUUAGAUGAGUAUUUGGAAAGUGAAGCCCAGCAAAUCAGUGAGCGUGCUGCUGCCUUCUCAACAAGCCCAGAAGCCUCAGUGGCCUAUCAGCUGCCAGCUAAAGGCUCCAGCUAUGUCAAAACCCUGGACAGCAUACUCAAGGAGCGAAAGCCCAUUCCUCGAUUCCCAGUGGGAGCCAACCGGCCUUGUCCACUCUCCUACAAGCCCCUUCUCUACUCUGCACUAGCAGCACCACCUCCUCCUCUGCGCAGCCCUGCUGAUCAAGCAGAAGCCCGGUCCAUGCAGCAGUCGGCAUCGUCAUAUACACAAGCAGACACUGAAAGAGCUCCUUCUGAGAGUGGCAACGCUCGAUCUGUUUCACUGAAAUUACCUAAAUGCCACCAAGGGAUCAGCCAGAAACCAGCCUUUCUGCAGAACCAAGGAAUGGCAAACAAACCUUCAAAUCUCACUAAGUUCCAGCUUAAACUGCAGCAGAUGGAGAUAGAAACACAGAACCAGGGUCUGAGCAGAACACAGCUAACGCCUGACAGACUGUCUGUGGCCCUGUCUGUGAUGCUGACAAAAGAGAUGCUUCCCAAUCAGGUCUUAAAAGUAGCUCAGUAUCAAAAACAUGACGCCGACGGACUUGAAUGUGGUCAGGAGUUCUGCAGACUGGGCUGUGUGUGUUCCAGUCUCAACCAUUCAAACAGAUUCCUCCACUGCCAACGUCCUGCAUGCAUGUUUGGCUGUGCCUGCUUUAAAAGCAGGAUUACCAAGCAGAUGUCUGUGGGGGAGACUGAAUAUGAGGGCCAGCCUGUUUACACUAUGACUAAAUUGGAUCAUGAAGUGCAGCCUCGUCUAGGCUAUUCUACUAAACUAUGGAAUCGUAAUGUUCACAAUGCAGAUCCAGAGCCCCUCUUCAUCCCCAAUCGUCCACAGACCUUGGUUGUUUCAAAAGUCGUAAAGCGCUGCGGUGUGCCUCAUCCAACCCAACCGAUGCGAGAAGAGGACAAGGAUCCAGUUUAUAGAUACUUGGAGAGCAUGAUGACAUGUGCACGUGUUAGACAGUUCAACAGCAAGCCUCCUCCAGUAGUUAACAUACCAAAUAUACCUGAUGCUCCUACAGAACCCACCACAACCACUGACAACCCUCCAAAGCAGUAUUACAGAACAGUGACAACUGUUAAGAAAACAGAAAACACUACAGAAGAUUCAACUGAUAGUGAAAGUGAAGCAAGAACACAAAUCCAAAUUCAGUCCGCGUGUGACUGGACCAAAGACCGGAAAAUGGUGAUCGACGCAUUAUGUCGACGCAUGAGUCAAAAAAAGCUGUCUCAGCGCUUUUAUGCAGGACCAUAUCGCAUCCGCCCAAUCACGAAGAUCUUCAUGCGGAAACCCAGUGGUUCCAUCGUCACCUACAGGGUACAAAUCAGUAAACAAUCAAAGGACAGUGAUAGUGAUGUGGAUGAAUUCAAAGACAGUGAUGAGGAAAAGCAUACAAACAAAAACUUGAAUGCAGAGGAGAAGGACGACCAAACAGAAGACUCUGAAAUGUUGUUUGGGGUCAUGCCAUUGCUGAGUCGAGUUUUACCUGCUGGGAAACUAAUAGCCUUGACAAAACCUUCAAACUGCCAGGCUCAAGGACUUAUACAGGUAAAUGGCAAGUCCUACAAUCAAGCCAGACUGUUGCUCGGUAACAUUGGCUCUCUACAUCCAGCUAACCGCCUUGCAGCAUACGUCACAGGCCGAAUCCAUGGUCCAGGCCAUGUUAUGUAUAAAAAUUUCCAGAAACCAGACCCUCUACAAAAAAGCAACGCUGAAAGUGCUGUGCGCAUAAAAGCUGCAGGCACUGUAGUUCCACCAGUAAUUACUGCCAGGAAGACCACCGAGCCAAAGAUACCACACCAAGAACCAGCUCAAUUGUUCCAGCUUGACUCUGUGAAAAGAGAAAGCACUGCAUUUUCACAGCAUUCACAAAAUUCCACCAUGUUUUUCUCAAACCAACGUAACCCAGUCAGUCCCUUCCAGAACAGAUCCUCAACUUCUCCAGUGUCUCUCACCGUAUCCCCCUCACUGAAAACACCCAGCUUUUUGGCACAGAGUGGGACUUACUCAUUCAGGAUCUGCCCACCUUCCAACCAGAGCACCAAAGGCCAAACCCUUCCUGGGGUUUCUCUGCCUGGGGGCUUUACCCUAAUUCAACUCCCCAAACCUGUAGCUGGUGAAGCAGAAAAACAAUCAGACAGUGUUAACCUCACUAACAUAAGUGGUGUAGAUGAAGACCAGGCACAAAAAUGUUCUUUGCUUAAUUUUGACCAGUCAGCUAACACAGCUAACACAAGUUGGCUUGGUUCAGGCACCUAUAAUGCAGUCAAAGAAGAUGUGGAGGACACUCCGGUGGAGCGUGGCUCCUCUUUUGACCUGACUCACAAAGAGAAGACUUCGUCAGAUAAGAGCAGACAGUCAAACCUGGACGUGGCUUCUGAAGCCUCAAGCUCCAACUCAUCAGACUACAGUGGAGAUGAUGAUGAUGAUGAGAUGGUGGAUGUGGAGACUGUAGAGGACAUUAAACAAGCUUCUGCCAUUACGAAAAUGAAACAAGCCGUUGCCAAGGUGUCACAGAAGUCACGAAAUGUUUUGAGAUCAGUAAAAGAACACAGCGUCCAGGAUCAAGUCGACAGUGACGAGUCAUUGGAAAGCACAAGGCGAAGGAACCAUGUGGCACUAGAAAGGCUACGGCGAUCUGAACAGCGCAGUCUCUUUGACAAACUCCAGACUGUUCUUCAGACUGACCCCAGGUCCCCCAGGCUCCGCCUCCUCUCGAUGGCUGUGAAGGAAAUCCGAAAUCUGGUUGCAACCUCCAAAUACUUGGAGGAUCAGAAGAAGCGCCUGAUGCAGGUACAGGCGCUGUAUAUCAAGCGGCUGUCUCUUCUAUCUGGGAAGUCAUCGAAGCUGAUUGAACACAAACUGAAAGAGAUUUGCGAGAGGCAGAAGGUGAGAGAGAAGACGAUGAAAUGGAAGCCUUACUUUUCCCAACUUCUUCAGUCCAGAGCUGUUCUCCUGCAAGCCAUUAGUUCCCAGGAUAAGCUGAAGUCUCCGCCCCUGUUGCAACCUGACUUUGUCACAGCUUCACCUCAGACUGUUCCACUCCCAUCUGCAUCUAUUAACAGUGACUCCCAAACGAGGCCUCAGCCCCAGCUCAACCUGCACGCGACCUUUGCUCAAUCCAGUGCACAAACCAAUGAAACCCUGCCGCAAUCUCCAAAAGCGGUGUCUAGUCCGUCCCAGACCGCUGUUACUGCAGCCCCAGAGCAGUUGCAGAAUCAGCCAAGUGAACCUGUUGCCUCAUUCCACGUUGAUCAACUUUGGUCAACUUUUAAGGGCCAGGAAGUAUCCGGACCUCCAGCCCAGAUCACCACAUCUGAUUCCCAGUCUAAACCCUCCAGAGAUCCAGAGAGAGAUGCAGCCUCAUCUAAGGAUUCAACACCCAUAUCAACCAGUCCUUCAAAGUCUGUUACCCUUCCUCUGAUACGCUCAAAGACCGGUAGAAUUAUACUUCCCUCAUCUCUAAAACCAAGUGGUCAAGGUAUUUAUACAUUAAUGGUCGUUAAAGCAAAGAAAAAAGGCGAAGUAGAUGAGAUGAACUCUUCCACGAACGCGCCACCUUCUUAUAUGGACCCAUCCAAGAACCUUGGAAAAGAAGAGAGGAGCUUAUCAACAGGGGAACAACCUUUAGACUCAGAAAGUUGCAGUACGUUAGUGAAGGUCAAGACUGGAUCAGAAUUGAAACGAAAACAAUCAGAGAAAAGCCCGGAGAGCAGCUCAGAGGCAGAUUUAAAACAAACUUUGUCAACUGCGUGCUUAAAAUUCAAGCUUCUGCCUGCUGAAGUCAGGGAUGAGCCCGAACCCAAGUCUGCUGAAGUCCCGCGCAGCAGAGGUCGACCCCCGAAGAGACUGAUUCUUCCUGAUGACAAGAAAGAACAGGUAGCGACCGGGAAAGAUACCAGUACCCAAGCUGUAAAGAGCCCUGCAACAGUUAGCGGAGAUGUUAGCGCAGACAGCCCUGUACCAGUAAAACGGAAAAGAGGGAGGCCCCCAAAGAGUGCAUCGUCUAAAGCUUCAGCUAAAAAAGAGCAUUGUGCAUCUAAAUCCACAGUCGUCCAAUCGUACCGUAACAUAAAACCCAAACCAAGCUUUGCAGAAAAGGACUUGCUGGGCAGUAGUACAUCGCGGCCCCUGACCCGCGGUGCUCUAGGAAAAGACUUCCCCAGUGCUAAGAGGCGCUCCUGGAUAGACGUGGAGAAGGAACUGGAAGCAGAGAAUGUAUUUGAAUAGUCCUCGUAGCGUUUCGCCUCUGCAACGAUCAAUGCACCUCGGUUAGUCUCUCACUGAACCCUCACGAUGAGAUGAGAUGAGAUGAGAUGGCAGAACUCUUCAUCUCUUCGUCUCUGCUGCGCCUUGUUUGUGUUGAUGUGUCGCGUAGCCUCGCCAAACGUGCCUGUGUGUGAAUCCAAAGGACCAGAGACAACGUUGAAUACUCAAUGCUGCUUUUUUAGGUAUUUGUUACCACGCAACUCAGUGGACCUAUUUCAUACUCUGGACGAUGAGAUAAAGCAUUAAUUUAUGAAAAGUUAUGUCGUGAAUAUUGCUCCUAAAAUUUGUUUUGGUUUCCUUGUACUUAUACUCACAGACGGUCAUGGAUUUGAGUGGUUUAUUUAAAUAAUGUCAAAUCAAUGGGUAUGGUAUCUUACCACCCACAGUUAAGUUCAACAAACCCCUCGCUCCUUUAUUUAAGCAGAGUUUUACCAUCGCGUGUGUUGAGCUAGUUGUUUAAUGCAUAUUUGUGUCAUUAGCUAAAAUUCUCCAUAGUAGCACUUUAUGUUUGUGGUAGAGAAGUGUUUCCUGUAUUUGGUUUGUAACAGAAUUGUUCAAUAUUUUAAGGAAUUGUUUCAGUAAUCUGUGUCUAAUUCUGAAAAAUAUUAUUUACAUACUGUAUCUAGGAGAGAGAACUUGUACAUAUUGUUUUUUUUUUUUAAUUGCAAUACCUUCCUUUAUGGACUAUUUUGAAACACUGGAUGUCCUUGUACUUCAGAUGAUUUGAAAAUGUGAAACAUCAAGUGGCCUUUACGAUUAAUAAAAUACAGAUCCGUUAACUUUUA